GGCUUAUUGAAACAAACAUGGCGGCCUGCUUGUGCUGCACACUGUACAAAGGUUGUGUUAAGUUGAAAGGUUGUCAUUAAAAUACCGCAAACAUGCUCAGCCUGACAAUAAGGGAGGUGUCUUUGGCUCUCAGGGAGGGAAGAAUCUCCCCAACAGAGCUUUGUAGGAAGUGUCUGAACCGCAUCAAGAAGACACAACAUCUUAAUGCUUACAUCAGCGUGACAGAGGAGUUGGCACUGAAGCAGGCCCAAGAAGCAGAAACCAGACUGCUGCAAGGUGCCCCCAAAGGUCCUCUGGAUGGAAUCCCCUUUGCAGUCAAGGACAACUUCUGCACAGAAAACAUCAAGACUACAUGUGCAUCCAGGAUGCUUAAAGACUACACUCCACCCUACAAUGCCACAGUGGUCCAAAAGCUUUUUGACCAAGGGGCUGUUCUCAUGGGGAAGACCAACAUGGAUGAGUUUGCAAUGGGUGCGGGCAGUACUGAUGGGGCGUUCGGUCCCGUGAGAAACCCCUGGAGCUAUGCUGCUCCCUACAGAGAGCAGACAGGGGCAGCACCAGACUCUGACUGGGUCAUCACUGGAGGAAGUUCAGGAGGAAGUGCUGCAGCUGUGGCUUCGCUCACUGGCUACCUAGCUUUGGGUUCAGACACAGGUGGUUCUACUCGUAACCCUGGAGCACUGUGUGGUGUUGUGGCCCUGAAGCCCACUUAUGGUCUGCUGUCCAGACAUGGUCUCAUCCCCCUCGUCAACUCCAUGGACGUCCCUGGUAUAAUGACCCGCAGUGUCAGUGAUGCAGCCAUUGUCUUAGGUAUCCUCCAAGGCCUUGAUAUUAGAGACUCAACAACAGUUCCUGCUCCCUCAUCACUGACAGAGCUACCUGAAUACUUUGAUGUCAAAAACAUCUGCGUAGGCAUCCCUAAGGAGUACCACGCCCCGGGGCUGUCUGAGGAAACUCUGGCACAAUGGAGUCGCGUUGCUGACAUGUUUGAGAGGGCGGGGGCGCGGGUGAUGCAAGUAUCCCUCCCCCACACCCAGUACUCUAUUUUGUGCUACCGCGUCCUGUGCCACGCUGAGGUGGCGUCUAACAUGGCCCGUUUUGACGGCCUAGAAUACGGCCAUCGUAGCGAGGUAAACAGCUCGACGGAGGCCAUGUAUGCCUUGAGUCGACAUGAGGGCUUCAACGAUGUAGUGAGAGGGAGAAUUCUGUCUGGGAACUACUUCCUGCUCAAACAGAACUACCAGCACUACUUUGUAAAGGCUCAGAAAGUUCGCCGGCUGAUUGCAGACGAUUUCAAACGCGUGUUCAGCUUAGGUGUCGACGUGCUGCUGACGCCCACCACUCUGACUGAUGCAGCCCGUUACUCCGACUUCAAGCAGGAAGACAACCAAACACGCAGCACGCAGGAAGACGUCUUCACCCAGCCUGUCAACAUGGCAGGUCUCCCGGCUGUUUCUGUGCCAGCUGCUUUAUCGAGACGAGGCCUUCCCAUUGGUUUACAGCUCAUAAGCCCCGCGUUCCAAGACCAGAAGCUGCUCAGUGUUGCCCAAUGGAUCGAGCAGAGUGUUGGGUUUCCCUCCAUCAGUGCCUAUGGAGACUCCAACGAGGGCAGGUAUGACACAGGAAUGACCGAAAAAGAGCAGACUUCAGCUGUAUGAAGAGAACUGUGGACAAAAGGUACUGACUGUUAACAAAGUCACACAUAAGUGCAACUAUGAUGGACAUUCGUGGCUUUUAAGUUUCCUUUUCAGGACAUUUUUAUUAGUUACAGCCAUCACUCAACAUUUUUCAUGAUGGAAUAAAACAUGAUUACAACUGGUGAUAGACCGUGUCAUAUUUUAAGUGUAGGGAUAUUGUGUUCAACCUGUGGCCUGCUGCUGUAUGUCUUGUCUGAAGGUGGUGCUGUUAAAGCAACACCAAAGAUUUUUGUUGUACCUUAAAAUAAAGUUUCUAAAAUCAUCUUAGUGGUUCAUCAACUCAUAACAGGGUGAACGGCACUUCUGCAUUUGCUUUGCAGCCCUCUCUCGGCUAUAACCACACUGCAAGUUUGCCAGAUCAGUUAGCGGAUCUGUAGUUAAACU